AUGCUAACAGUCCUCAUUUCUUUUGUAAGAGCAAACUGGAGACUAAUAGACUUAAGUUUUACCGAUAAGUAAAUUUCUCAGAAUUAAUGGAAAACAAGUGAAUGUUGCCCAGGUUAUUCUGGUAAUUAUGGGUAUUCUAGUUUUUCUUUGAAUGACAGUAUUGAGAAAAAUGUUUGUAGUUCAAAUCAGUUAGAAUAUGUGAGAUUGACUAAAUAGAAGAGAUAUUUAGAGAAAUCUUUCAGGUAUAAAAGUUAUCAAGUAUAAAUAAUUUUUGAUGCAUUUUUUGAUGGAGCUAUAAGUCAGAAUUCUGAAUUAAGCGUAACAUAUGAUAGUAACAGAGGUUCAAAUGACAUGCAACUCUAUAUAAAAGAUUAUGAUUAAAGUGAUUUAAUCUAAGAUAGUCGUCUAACCUGUCAUAGUAGCCUAUCAAAAUUUCAAUUAGAAACGAUUGUAAGUAAUUCUGUUUCAUCAAACUCUAAUAAUUUUUCAAUAUAAAUUUGUUUUGAUCCUUAUGAUCAUAGAUGUAGAGAUGGUUGUGAUUGGGAUCAUUAAUAUGGUGAUCCUAAUUGCAAUGAUGAUUAUAUAUAAAUCGGAAUUAGAAACUUGUUGGUAUAUAUUAAAGCUUGUCAUCCAACUUGUUUAACUUGUGAUGGUCCUACUGAAUCAGAUUGUUUAAGUUGUUAUGAUAAUUAAAGUGUAUAAAAUGGAGAAUGUAAAUGCAUUGAUUCAUAAUAAUUCUCAGAAACUUUUAUAGGUUGUAGAUAAGAAUGUAAUCGAGAUGAUUCUAUAGCUCGUGAUGAUAAAAUUUGUGUAGAAGACACUCGAAUAAAAUCAAAGUUUACACUAUUUUAAGAUGAUGGGAUUCCUCAAUAAGAUCAAAGAUAUUUGCCAUUAAUAUUUGGAAAUGAUGAAUUUUAUCCUAAAAACACUGAUUUAGUAUUUGAAAAUUGUAAUGGAAAAAGUUUUAUAGGAAAACUUUAAUAUAGUGAAGGAAUGGUUUAUUAAAUGAGUUUAGAAAAUUAAGUCAAAUUUAUUAGAAUUCGUAUAACGUUUUAUUUGUUUAAUUUUCAAUAGACAAGUGAAAUUUAAAUUUUACACAAUAAUCAAUUACAAUCUAAAAUUAUAAAAAAUGCAUCAGGUUUUUAAGUUGAAAAUUUAUUAAAAAUUUAUGAAAAAGCUGAUAGUUGUAGCUCUAGUUACACUUUGUUAAGAGCAGAGAUGACAUUUUAACUUUUUAAUUCUAAUCCAACCAUUUAUAUUUAAGGAUAACUUCAAUAAGAAAGCGAAUCUUGGGGAAUGAGAAAUAUUACUAUUGACACUGGUUUUUGUUAAGAAAAUUGUUUAAUUUGCUCUGGUUUUUCUACUUGUUCGUAAUGUGAUUCAGGAUAUAAUUUAUAUAAAAAUUAAUGUGUUCAAACUUGUCCCAUUUAUUCAUCAAAUUGUAUAGAUUAUGAAGAUAUAAUUCCAUGUAAAAUUUAAUACAAUAUAUAUAUUUUAGAUUCAAGAUACUUAGCCAAAGGAUUUUAUAAUUUAAACAUGACUUAUGAUGAAAUAGUAAGCUUCUAUGAUUAAACCACAGAUCCAUCUUUUAGUUUAUCAACCAAAUAAAAAUUUUCAUUUUUAAAUAAUAAAAUUGUAUUAGGGGGUUUAUUGGUUUGGAAUGAUGGAUCCUAUAAAAAGACAUGGAAUAUCUAAAAACCUCAUUAUGCCGUAUCGAUAUAUUUUAAUUUAACUUAUGGUGAUGGAUAUACUGGAUCUUUUAAAUAUAAGGUUGGUUUGUCUAGUAAUACAUAUUCAACAUCAUUUAAUAAUCCUGGAGGUGGAUCAAAUUUAAUUGGUCGUACUGGUCUUGAAAGCACUCGUUAUUUUAAUGUAAGUUUAACUAAUUUUUAUGAUAACAGUUUAUAUGUUGAAUUUUUAUGUGAUGCUGCAUCUACAAAUAUAACAAAAGAAUUCUGUGCAAUAUCAGAUUAUUUCAUUGUUGUUCAUUAUGUAUUAUUAUUAAUUUAUUUUAGUGUCCUCCUUUUUGUUUGGGUUGCACAAGUUUAACUACAUGCAAUGGAGGUUAUUCUGGUCCUAAUUGUGCAAUUACCUAAUAUUUGGAUUUUAAUUCUAUAACUCAAGUUUAUAAUUGUAAGGAUUGUACAUAGCCAGGAUGUCAUACAUGUAUUAGUUUAAAUGAAUGUACUUAAUGUAAAAAUAAUAAAUUUUAAUUAUUAAAUGGAAUAUGCUUGUGUAAUCCAUUCACAUUUUUAUAAGGAGAUGAUUGCAUCAAAUGCAAUAAAUACUGUGAAAAUUGUUAUGGUAGUUCUAACAACAAUUGUUUAACAUGCGUUUAAGAUCAUCAUAGGGGAAUCAAAAGACAUCAAUGCUUAUGUCUACCUGGAUAUUAUGAUGAUGGAAUUAAUUUACCAUGUCUUCCACUUUGUGGUGAUUUAAUAGUAGUAGAACAAGAAGAUUGUGAUGAUGGUAAUAAUAAUCCAUUUGAUGGUUGUCAUAAUUGUAAAUUUGCUUGUAAUUUUGCAUGUGAUAUUUGCUUAAAUGGAAAAUGUUAUUAAUGUAAAAAUGGAUAUGAAGUACAUAAUAAUGAUUGUCGGUCUCUUUGUUAAGGAAAUUAGUUAACAUUACUUUAAUAAUGUACAGAAAACUCAAGAAAUUGUGUUAAUUGCUAAUAUGAAUGUUCUUUAAACUGUGUUGAUUGUCGUUUUGGAAAAUGUUCUCUAUGUGAUGAACAUCGAGGAUGGUACGCUUAAAUAGAUGGAACCUGUAAUUCUAUUUGUGGAGAUGGAAUAGUUACUAGUCUAACUGAAAUGUGUGAUGAUGGAAAUACUAAUUAAUAAGAUGGAUGUAGUUAUUGUAGAUUCUCUUGUGAUACAUUUUGUUAAACUUGUAUUAACUCUUUAUGUGUAACUUGUUAAAAUGGUUAUUAUCUAAUAGAGAAUAAAUGUGUUCCAAUUUGUUAAGAUGGAUAAUUAGUGUUUCCUGAAUAAUGUGAAGAUGGAAAUAUAGCACCUUUUGAUGGUUGUUUCAAUUGUAAAUUUUAAUGUUCAGAGUAUUGUAUAGAUUGUCAAUUUGGUAUAUGUUAAAAAUGUAAUGAAGCAAUUGGUUGGUACCUACAAAAUGAUGGAUCAUGCUAAAGUAUUUGUGGAGACAAUAUUCUUGUUUUACAAAAUGAAGAAUGUGAUAAUAAUACUAUUAGAAGUGUAUGUAAUUAAUGUUAAAUAACUUGCGAUAAGAACUGUUCAAAUUGCAAUAAGGGAAUCUGUAUUAAAUGUAUUGAAGGAUAUAAAUUGGAGUAAUCAAUCUAGAAAUGUAUUAAAGUGUGUUAAAAUGGUAUUAUUGUAAAAUAAGAAAGUACAUGUGAAGAUGGAAAUAAUCUAUUAAAUGAUGGCUGCUAUUAAUGUUAAUUAAGUUGUUAACAAUCUUGUACUUUAUGUAGUAAAAUUGGAUGUUUAGAAUGUAACACUACUGGGUGGGUAUUGAAUUAAUUGUACAAUAAAUGUGAAACUGUUUGUGGAGAUGGUAUUACUGUAUAAAAUUAUGAAGAAUGUGAUGAUUUGACUGAUUAGAAUUGUUUCAGAUGUAAAUUUGAUUGUUAAGACUCUUGUUUAAUUUGCUAUAAGGGUAACUGCUUAAAAUGCAAAUUAGGGUGGUUUUUAAAUUUAGAUUAGAAAUGCUAUUCAUCAACAGGAGAUUCUUAAAUUGUUGGAGAUGAACAAUGUGAUGAUAAAAAUUCACUUAUGUAUGAUGGUUGUUAUCUUUCAAAAUAUUAGUGUUAAUAAUAAUGUAAUCAUUGUGAAUUUGGAAAAUGUAUCUAAUGUUUAUAAGGAUAUUAGAAUCUAGAUGGUAAAUGUUAUGAAAUCUUAAAUGAUGGGUAGAUUUUAGGGAACGAACAAUGUGAUGAUCAGAAUUUAAUAGCAGAAGAUGGUUGUUUUAAUGGUUAAUUUGAUUGUCCUGAAGAUUGUGAGUAAUGUUAUUAAGGAUAAUGUUUAUUAUGUAAUAAAGAAUCUACUUAGCUUAAUACUCUAAAUAAUUAAUGUAUAUCAUUAUGUGGAAAUGGAUAAUUAUCACAUAAUGAAUAAUGCGACGAUGCUAACAACAUUCCAUAUGAUGGUUGCUUUUUAUGUGAAUUUUCAUGCAAUUAUUAUUGUCAAACUUGCCAUUUAGGUGUAUGUUCUUAAUGUUAAAUGGGUUAUUAAUUAGAUUAAUCUAAAAAUAUAUGUUAAAGUAUAUGUGGCGACGGAAUUGUUACACAUGAUGAAUAAUGUGAUGAUGGCAAUUUAUUAUAAUAUUAAGAAUGUGUUAAUUGUAAAUUAAUAUGUUAAGAAUAAUGUAUUAAUUGUGUUGAUGGUCAAUGCUUUGAAUGUGUUUCAAUAGGUUGGUAAUUAAACUUGAUUGAUAUGAAUUGUUAGCCUAUUUGUGGUGAUUUAUUAAUUGUAGGAGAUGAAUAAUGUGACGAUGGAAAUGACAUAAAUGAUGAUGGUUGUAUAGAUUGUUAUUUUUAAUGUUAAGAAUAAUGCACUCUUUGUGAAAAAGGUGAGUGUAGAGAAUGCAAUACUGAAGGAUGGUAAUUAAAUAUUAAUAGAUGUACAACAAUAUGUGGAGAUAAAUUAGUUAUAAAUAGAGAGGAAUGUGACGAUGGUAAUAUAACCCCUCAUGAUGGAUGCUAUGAGUGCAAAUUUUAAUGUUAAGAAUAAUGCACCGAUUGCUUAUUAGGAGUUUGUUAAGCUUGUAUUAAACCAGGAUGGGUUCUUAAUUUAAAUAAUUUAUGUGCUACUUUUUGUGGAGAUGGUGUUACUAUUCAACCAUAUGAAUAAUGUGACGAUGGUAAUAUAACACCAUAUGAUGGUUGUCAUUAUUGUGAAUUUUAAUGUGAAUAACUAUGCACAUUAUGUGAGUUAGGAAUUUGUUAUGAAUGCAAUCAAUUAGGUUGGAUAAUAUAAAAUAAUUAAUGUACACCUUUUUGUGGUGAUGGUCUUGUUGUUGGAUAUGAAUAAUGUGAUGAUAUGAAUUCUAUUGAAAAUGAUGGAUGUUAUGAAUGUAAAUUUAUGUGUGAUUAAUAUUGUAUUGAUUGUGAAGAAGGAAUUUGUAAAGAAUGUCCAGCAGGAAUGCAUCUAUUUGAUCAUAUUUGUUAACCUAAAUGUGGAGAUGCAUUUAAUCUUAAAUUAUUUGAGUAAUGUGAUGAUGGUAAUAUAGAAAAUGGUGAUGGUUGUAAUUCAAAGUGUUAAAUUGAAAAAGAUUGGAUUUGUAUUAAUAACUUAAAUACAUUUUCUGUUUGCACAUAUGAAAAGUAACCAGAUUUUUCCAUAAUUUCCCUUACUCCUCAUCCUCAAGAAUUUAGUGACAUCUAAAUAGUAUUUACUUAAUAAGUCAAAUUCUCACCAAUUAUUUAAAAUAAAUUAAAUACACAUAUUUUAACUAGUCUUCCUGAUUUUGAAGAUGAUGAUUAUAAAAUUGAAUUUAAAAAAGAAAUUGAAAUUAUCUAUGACUAAGUCAUAGAUUUAGUUCUUGAAUAUAGGGUCACAUUUCUAUCUCCUCUUGAAAAUCCUGUAUUUUAAAUAGAAUUUAUUGAUAAUCCUAUCUUAUCUGAAUUUAAUCAAACUCUUUCCAAAAAACAAGCUAGAAUUAAGCUUCAAACUCCAAUCGUUUUAGCAUAAACCCAAAUAGAUAUAGCAUCGUAAGCUUCUAGUUUUAAUGAAAGAAUUAUUAUUUCACUUAUGAGCAUAUCUUCAAUUUGCUUAUUGACGGGUUAAUCAGAUAUCUUUUGGAAUCUAAUGGAUCAAUUACAAUAUUUAUCAUAUGUUAAAUACAUCAAUAUUCAAUUCUCACCAAACCUAAAUAUAUAUUUCGAACUAUUCAAAAUAAUAACAAUAUCCCCUUUAAUAUCAGCAUUAGGCUUUGAAACACUAUUCAAUUCCUUAGAUGGAGAGAAAUAAUAUUUUGUUCAAACUAAAAACAAAUUCCUUAAAGAUGAAGUUAAUGCAUACUUCUUUACUAAUUUUUAAAGCUUUAUAUUCUGCAUCCUAACUACAUACUUAAGUUUCUUUUCUGCAUAAAUAUUGUAUUUCUUGCUAAGGAAGAUCCAAUAAAAAGAGAUUGUUUAAAUAGGCUUUAUUGUUGGAAAAUAAAUCAUAAAAGCUAGAUCUCUAUUAAAACAAAAGAUAUCGGAGUUUUAUUAUAAUGCAAUUUUAAGAAUUCUACUAUCAAACUCAUAUGAUAUAAGUUUUGCAUGUGCCAUCCAAUUAGCAAAUUAUCCAACUGAAGAUAAUCCUGUUCUAAUUUUCAAUUAUUAUCUUUCCUUUCUUAUGUAUUUUGGUAUAAUUGUUUCGAUUCUCUAUUUAAUUAGAAUUUCAAGUGUAUUUUCAUAGAAUACUUCAUUCAAAAAUAAAUCUAAAUACAAAGCUGUAUUUGAUGGAAUAAAUUAAAAUAAAAAUAUUUGGACUUUUUAAUACAACUCAAUUUAAAUGAUUAAGAAGUUAAUUUUUAUAUCUUUCGUAGUAUUUCUGUAAGAGAAUGGAUAUAUUCAAGUUAUAGCUAUAUCAAUUUUAUAAACAUUUUUCUUGAUGCAUACUAUUCUCAAUAAACCUUUAGACAAUAUAAAUGAAUAUAUAAAAAUUGUAAUUACUGAAACAAUCAUUAUUUUUAAUGUAUUGUCAUUCCUAAUAUACCAUUACAAAAUUGAAUUAGAACUAAGCUCAGAAUCAGUCAUUACUCUAGGAUGGUUACAUAUUAUUACUUUUUCGUCAAUUUUAGCUAUAACUUUUAUUCUUGACAUUUUGUAAUAAAUUAAGAAGUUAAUAAAUGUUAUCAUAAAUGCUAUUAAUAAACCUAAAUAGUAAUUAGAACCUAUAUUUUACUGA